UGUCUCUCUGCUGGAGACUGUUCAGAACCAUCUGCUGGAUCCAGAUCAGCUCAGUCCGGGUCGGGACUCGGAGGGUCGGAUCAUGACGGGUCUGGGGCAGUUCAGUAAAGGAGCUUCCUGGGAGGAACUCAUUUAUACCUGUGUUCAGUCUUUUGAUGCUGACGGUAAUGUUUGUCACAACAGCCAUCUACUGAACAUCACGCUCACCAUGCACAGAUUACUGCUGACCUCCAAUCAGCUGCUGGACAAGCUGCUCAUCCUCUUCAGAAGCACACUGGAGGAGAAUAAAUCAGAAGAGUGUCUGAAAAUGUGCUAUUUUAUUAGGUACUGGAUCAGUGAGUUCUGGUCGAUGUUCAGGUUGCACAGUUGUUUAUCAGAGUCAGUGGAGCAGUUUAAGGAUCUGAUGAGAGAACACGGGCAGGAGCAGCUCUGCCCUUUACUGCAAACUAAGUGGAUGGGUGACAGAGAGUGGUCUCGCAAAGCCAGUCAGAAAAUCAAGGCCAGCAGUAAGAAGAGGAAAGUAUCUCUGCUUUUUGAUCAUCUGGAACCGGUGGAGUUAGCAGAACAUCUCACUUACUUGGAGUUUAAAUCCUUCUGCAGAAUAUCUUUUUCAGAUUAUCAGAAGUACAUCCGGAAUGAGUGUUUAACAGAGAUCCCUGCAAUGGAGCGCUCCAUCGCACUGUGUAACGGUAUCUCCCAGUGGGUCCAGCUCAUGGUUCUGAGUCGACCCACUGCUCAGCUCCGAGCUGAAGUCUUCACCAAGUUCAUUUAUGUUGCCCAGAACCUCCAGCAGAUGCAGAACUUUAACACACUAAUGGCUGUGGUGGGAGGUCUCUGUCACAGCUCCAUCUCCAGACUGAAAGACACCUGCACAUAUGUGCCAAACGAGACCACCAAGGUUCUGAAUGAAAUGACGGAUCUUCUUUCAUCAUGUAGAAACUAUGAGAACUACAGACAGAUGUACAGCAAGUGCUCAGGCUUUAAGAUCCCCAUCCUGGGGGUUCAUCUCAAAGACCUGAUCGCUGUGAACGAGGCCAUGACUGACUACGUGGAGAAUGAUAAGAUUAAUGUGCAGAAGCUUCAGGCACUCUAUAAUCACAUUAAUGAGCUGGUCCAGCAGCAGCAGAACCCUCCUCUCCUGGAUGCCAACAAAGACCUGGUUCACUUACUGACGCUGUCUCUGGACCUGUAUUACACUGAGGAUGAAAUCUAUGAGCUGUCUUAUGCAAGAGAGCCUCGGAACCACAGAGCCCCGCCUGCAACUCCCCACAGACCCCCAGUGGUGGUGGACUGGGCUUCAGGUGUGGCUCCCAAACCCGACCCCAAGACCAUCAGCAAGCAUGUUCAGAGAAUGGUGGAUUCUGUAUUCACAAACUAUGAUCAUGAUGGAAGAGGCUUCAUUUCUCAGGAAGACUUUGAGAAAAUCGCUGCAAGCUUUCCUUUUUCUUUUUGUGUGAUGGACAAGGACAAAGAUGGACUCAUCAGCCGAGAGGAGAUCACUGCCUAUUUCAUGAGGGCGAGUGUUAUCUGUUCCAAACUUGGUCUGGGCUUCUCUCACAACUUCCAGGAGAUGACGUACAUGAGGCCAACCUUCUGUGAUAACUGCUCAGGAUUUUUAUGGGGUGUUAUUAAACAAGGCUACAGAUGCAGAGAUUGUGGAAUGAACUGCCAUAAAUCCUGCAAAGAUCAAGUGGCAUUUGAGUGUAAUAAAAAUGCCAAAACAAGCGGUAAUCCAGACUGGAGUCCGUCUUCUAAUACUGCAGACAGUGCAGCACCAGGAGGCCAUGAUGGUCCGGAUGAAGCUCAGUUCAUCUACACGGGCGAUCCUCCUCCAGACUGCACCAAUCAGUUACGGCCAAAUCCUGCAUCCUAUUCCAACCAAUUAACUGUAGCAUCAGGGACCUCCCUGGUGAACAGGAGCACCCAGACAGAGGCGGCUCUAACCCCCAGCCUGCUGCAGCCCACCCUGCUGACCCCCAGCCCAUCACUCAGCCCCUGCCCCAGCCCUGUACCCCAGCGCAAACGAGCUGCAGCCAACAAGCUCUCCAUCACCCUCAACCCUGGAGACGAGAACAAAUCCACCCAUGAAGCUCUGGAGAAGGAGAAUCAGUCUCUUAUAAAGACCAACGAGAGCCUCCGGAGGAAGCUGAAAGAAGCUCAGCGCGAGAUAGAAAUCCUGAAGACCCUCCUGAAGCGACACACUCUUCGGCCUGUAGAGGAAGACUCAGCCUCUUCCUCAUCUUAACCUCAUCUUUUUUUUUAUAACUGCUGUCCCUUCAAAAUACCGAAACAGACACUUAAGAGACGCAAGGCAUGAAGAAAGACUGUUGGUGGGGUGUAAGAUAGCAAUGAGCAUAAUGCUGCGCCGACUACCAACGAAGUCACGUUUUAGUUAAAAACUACAGGUAAAGUUUUUUUGCUGCUUUAAAACACCAACUUUAACUUGAUAACAGUUUAUUAAUUAGCUGCAUGGAUCAGGAUCAUUUGUAUUAAAAGCAGAACUAACACUAAAAUGUGCAGAGCAAUGAGCCUCCAGGACCCGGGACUGUCUGAAAUGCAAGAUAAAGCCUUUUAUUUAGCUGUGUUACUAACUGUGUAUUUUCACCCAAUAAAACAGAAGGCUAUAAUACAAAGCUUUAAUUGCCUGAGUGCACAACAUUCCCUAUGUUUUGGACACAGAUCCUGAGAAGCUCAUCUGUUGCUGCACAGUUUGUCUUGAUCACAGAACUAUAGAGUGCCACUAUAUGGUGAAUGGAGCAGAUAAAAUGUGACAGAGUAGAAACAAGGAGAUUUUCUAGACGUAGCGUUAGAAAUCUCUAAUGUCUAAUUUGUUUUAGUUUAAAAACAACCUCAAAGUUAAUUGGGAGAUUGCUGGUUUGAAUCCCGGUCAUGCCGCUUGCCAUCAGCUGCGGGAGCCCUGAGAGAGCACAAUCGUUGCUGUGUUAACACUUAAAGGUGUUAUCCUGCAUCCUGAGACAUUUACAUUAUGUGCUAGGCUGAAAGAUGCACUUAUUGUGGUGUAAUUUGUCUGAUUUUGUUGAUUGUCUAUAUAUAUAUUAAACUAAUGUAAAGAUGUGAGAAAAAAAACUAAUAGUCUGAUUAAUGUUUCAAUAAUAAAUUUAGUGCUGCAGCUUAAACCAUAUUUACUGAAUUUCCUGUGGUUUAACAUUCGUCAAUAAGCACAAUAAGCCGAUUAAGAUAAAAAAAAAAAAAAGGAAAUUAGCAAACAUUAACAUUAACAUCUUAAGAAAAGUGUCCCUUCAGGAGCAGGCAGUGGAUUUUGUUUAAACAGGUCUGUAUAGAGUAGUAAAUGCUGUUAUUUAGCUUUGUGAACUACUAGAUAGCUGAAUAUCAAUGUGUUUCUUGUUCAAGGGAAGACAAGGCUGUAGUAUUAUUAGGUUAUACAGGGAGAUUUAGGAUUGAAUUAAAUGAUAAAAUAGAUGAAAAAAGAUGAAAUGAAUAAUUUCUUUCAAAGUUACAAAAAUAUAUUUAUUACAGCAUUAUAAAACUAUGACUUAUGAAGUGAUUCCAGUAAAUCCUGACAGUUGUAGGUUCGUGCAAUAGUCUUCAUAUUCUCAGAUGCCCUGAUGGUCUCAAGAAUGUUCAUCACAUCAGAGAGAACCGUCCUGCAAUAUGAAACCACACCUUAGUUAAAGGUUUAAACUAGUCAAAAUUUAUUUAUUUAUUUAUUUAUUUUUUAAUCUAAUCUAGCCCUUCAUUAAGGUGCUUUUUAAAAGCCUUUUUUGUAACCCAUCCCAAGCCGGAGAACAGACCUAUAAUAAAUUACCUGCAGCUGA